AGGUCAGUUUAAUUACAAUUUUCCAUCGCAAUGGUCGCUCAACUCCUAGUUAUAAUUUUACUUAGUUUAACUUGGUGUUCGAAGUCACUUCAGGCGGUUAAUAGAACCGAUAUUAAUGGAACACUAGUUGCUUCGAUGGCGACACAUCUGAGUGGUAAUCCUGUGGAUUUGGAUAUUUGGACGGAGAAGAUGAGCCGGGAGCUAGAGGAGGAGCAGCAGAAGCAAUUGGCCUGGAAUGUACCCUGGCUGAAAGUCUUGCAGAAAGAGAGAGUGGGCUUAGUGAAGCUACAAAACCAACUCAAACCGAAUAAUUCUCUGAAAUUGCGACUCUGGCUGAGCUUCUACUUUCACUUGAGACGUUCUCGGUCAUUGAAUAACAUAUUGCUAGCCAACUUUGCCCUGGAAUUGAAAGAACUUCGAAGGAGUCAACCGGAAAAGUGGAGCUAUUACCUGCAAAACAUGCUCCAGGCUCUGCCGCGACCUCUAAGGAUUCUAACCCAAAGUCGGUGGCUGUGCCUGCAGCACAAAAAGGAGAUGUUCUACGUUACGUCGGGUUACCAUCUGGAAUUGGGAGCCAAUGGCGACUGCAGCUUGUGGCGUGUUGAGGAGGUAAAGCAGGAUUACCUACUGCUGCUCGUUAAUUCUUGUAAUGAAGAGCGGUACUUCUUCAUCAAUAUACUGGAGGAUUACCAAGGAUCCUACCAGUUGCUGCGACCCACUAGCUACAUGAACAAUACCUUUUGUGUAUCAAAAGGUGUGGCUUAUUUUAGGGAAAUCUCUCAAGUCUCCGAAGGGGAUAUGGGUUGCAGGUGGCAGCUAAAUGAUUGCAGCUAUUUGCCUAGUCGGUUAUUAGGAGUUAAGUGA